AUGUGCAAAGCACGCGAAAUCCACUGCCGUAUCAGCAACUGCUGUCGGCCCAUCGGGUGGUAUGUGAUGCAGCCAUGCAUGCCCUUCACCAGAGCCAACCUGGGCAUGCCGCUGGCGUACGAUGGGAGCCGCGACUUGAACUGGAACACCAGCACCAGCGACUGUGGCGUCCCUCGAGUGGUGUCGACAAAGAAGUCUACAUCCCGGUCUUGUCAGCCCUGCUGUCUGGAAGCUCUUUUUUCGGAAUUUUCGUUUAUGCAGGACUGGGCCUACGUCGCCAAGUCCCAUCGAAAGUGGCUGGAAGAGAGUCCGGGAGAUAGUCUUCUGUGGCGAAGGACAAAGACGAGACUGCGGAGGGAAUACGACGAGGCCCAACUUCGGGGAAAGAAGCGGAAGCGUAUGGACGAGAGCGUCGCGCUUCCCACGCCCCCUCUGAGCAGAGAGUCCAGCCAGCAAGAGACAAGACCUGCUCCAUCCGCAUAUCCGAGCAUGGUAGGCCCUCAGAGCUGCUAUCCGACGCCUCCUGUGGAGUUCAUCGACAUUGAGUGCCUGGACCCAUCGAAGUUGACCAUCCAUCCACCAACUUCCUCUGCUGCGUCGCCAAGUGAGCAAGAUUAG